AUGGGUCAGUACAGGUUGAUGACAGCUGUGGUCAGCCUCCUGCUCCCUCAGUGCUGUGGAGAUGGCUGCAGUCACGCUGGGGGCGUCCAUGGCCUCCUGCCCAGCCUCAGCCGCCCGGCUAACCACAGCCGCAUCUCAUACGCUGUGAUGUUGGAUGCCGGCUCCACCGGGACCAGGAUACACGUCUUCACCUUCAUACGGAGCGGACCAGAUUUGCUUCCGAUCUUGGACAAUGAGAUGUUUCAAUCUAUUAAACCUGGUUUGUCUGCACAUGUGGACUCUCCUGCAAUGGCGGGACACACAAUCAGAAUGUUGCUGAAAGUGGCCAAACGAACAGUGCCCCGUGUGGAGUGGAAGAGAACUCCAGUGGUGCUCAGAGCCACUGCAGGACUGAGGCUGCUGCCCAGACUCAAAGCCCAGGCUCUUCUGGAGCAGGUCCAACAUGUGUUUGACGAGUCUCCGUUCCUGGUCCCAGACAACAGCGUCAGCAUCAUGGACGGCACCAGUGAAGGAAUCCUGGCCUGGAUAACACUGAACUUCUUAACAGGUAACUUGUCUCCGCCAAUUCAGCAGACUGUUGGAAUCUUAGAUCUGGGCGGCGGUUCCACGCAAAUUACUUUCUUGCCAAAACUAAGGAAAACUAUUGAAGGUGUUCCAAGUGCAGACUACGUUGCCAGAUUUGACCUCUUCAAUUCAUCGUUUGAACUGUACACGCACAGUUACCUGGGAAACGGGUUGAUGGCUGCAAGGCUGGCGACGCUGGGGGCUUUGGGGGCAGAAGGGCUAGACUGGAAAGUUUAUAAAAGUUCCUGUUUGCCAAAGAAGUUCAGAGACGAGUGGAGCUUUGGUGGUGUGACCUAUCAAGUGAGCGGAGAUCCAGAGGGUUUGUCCGGGUACAAGUCCUGUUACCAGGAGGUGCAGAAGGUGGUGACGGGGACAAUCCAUCAGCCACACCAACUCGACCACACCACAAUCUUCUACGCCUUCUCUUAUUACUACGACCGCGCGGUGGACGCAGGGCUCAUAGACGGAGAGCAAGGACAACUGGAGGUCCGAGAUUUCAAGAAAAGGGCAAAGGAGAUCUGCAAUAAGACCUCCCAGUCCCACUGCAGUUCUCCUUUCCUGUGUCUGGACCUGACUUACAUCACAGCUCUGCUCCGGGACGGCUUCGGCUUCAAGGACUCUGCCAAACUACAGUUGACCAAGAAAGUGAACAACGUGGAGGCGAGCUGGGCUUUGGGCGCCAUUUUGGACCAUUUCCACAACAUGAAAAUCCAUUGA